AUGAGCAGCAAAAGCGGCGGCACCGGCGCGCCGGCCCUGCACCAGGCCCAGCAUGGCCUUGCCGACUUUGAUCAGGAUGAUAUUCUGAUGGAGCAGCUGACACGCAACGUGCAGUUCUUCGGGCUGGAGGCGCAGAAGAAAAUCGCUCGAUCUUUUGUUGUGGUCGUGGGCCUGGGGGGCGUUGGCAGCCACGCGGCGCACAUGCUGCUGCGCUCGGGCGUGGGGCGGCUGCGGCUGGUCGACUUUGACCAGGUCACACUGUCGUCCCUGAACCGCCACGCCGUGGCCGUGCGCGAGGACGUUGGCAUUGCCAAGUCGACCUGCCUAGGGCGCCACUUCAAACAGAUACUGCCAGAGGCCGAAGUGGAGUGCCUCAAUGUGAUGUUCACGGAGGAGACCACGGAUGAGGUGCUGGCCGGCAACCCCGAUUUUGUGCUCGACGCCAUUGAUAACAUCGACACCAAGGUGCACCUGCUGGCGGAGUGCAAGCGGCGCGGCAUCCCGGUGCUGUGCUCUGCGGGCGCGGGCGCCAAGGCGGACCCCACCCGGCUGCGCAUCGUCGACAUCAGCGAGUCGGUUGUAGACCCCCUGGCGCGCGCCGUGCGCCACAAGCUGGGGCGGCGGCGGGGCGUGCGCGGCGGCAUCCCGGUGCUGCUGUCGACGGAGCGGCCGCGCUGCGAGCUGGUGGCCACGGAGCAGAUGCAGGCCGGCAACCCGUUGGACUUCCAGAUCGUCCCCAACUUCCGAGUGCGCACGAUCCCCGUCCUGGGCCCCACCCCCGCGCUUUUCGGCAUGGCGGCCGCCGGCUUCAUCCUCUGCCAGCUGGCGGGCGCCCCCUUCGACGGGGAGCCCCUGCUGACGCUGACGGCGCUGCAGUACGACAGGGCCAUGGAGCGGCUGGUGGCGCGGGAGGAGGAGGCGUACGGCACGGCGGAUGGCGUGCGGAUUGACCGGGACGACAUCAUCUACCUCCUGCGCGAGCUGUGGCGCGGCUUCAGCGCGCGCUCCGACCGCGUGGUCGUGCCCGGCGGCCAGCACGGCCUCACGCGCUCGACUGCAGACCUCACCCUCGUGCGCUGGGACGAGGCCCAGCCGGCCACGGUGGACAACCUCGUGCUGCUCACGCUUUCCGAGGCGGACGCGCACAGGGAGAAGGGCGUGGCGAGGGUGCGGGCGGAGGAGCCCGAGUUUGCGGCGUUUGUCGAGGCGCACCUGGCGCGCGUGCGGUUCGACUACUGCGGCGAGCGGGGCCAGCAGCAGCAGCAGCAGCAGCAGCUGAAGAGCCAACGGUAA